AUGCCAUCCAUCUCCGAACUCAGCGACAUCCGCAUGCCCAUGAUCGACCAACCAGCAUACACACCACGCAAACUCCGAGUCGUCACAAUCGGAGCAGGCUACUCCGGCCUCCUCUUCGCACACAAAUUCCAGCACGAGCAGCCCGACCUACAGGACUUCAUCGAUCUCACCAUCUUCGAAGCCAAUGAGGGUGUGGGCGGGACCUGGAAAGUAAACACGUACCCUGGCGUUCAAAACGACGUGCCUGCUCAUCUGUACGCGUUCCCAUUCGAUCCGAAUCCGAACUGGUCAAAGUUUUAUGCGGAUGGGGAUGAGAUCCUGGCGUAUGUGGAGGGGAUUUGUGAUAAGUGGAAUUUAAGACGGGAUAUUAACUUUGGGCAUCGGGUGGUGGGACUGGAGUGGGUCGAAGAGGAUGCGAAGUGGAAGAUUCGGGUGUCUGAGCGUGGGGAGGAGAGGACUGAGUAUGCGGAUUUUAUCAUUUCGGCUCAGGGGUUUUUGAGUCGGUGGAAGUGGCCGAGUAUAGAUGGAAUACAUGACUUUCAGGGUCAUAAAGUUCAUUCUGCGGAUUGGGAUCAUUCGUAUGAAUACUCGCGUAAGAGGAUAGGCGUGAUAGGCAAUGGAAGCAGUGCGAUACAGAUCCUGCCACAGAUGGCUAAGCUCGAGGGUGUGCAGGUUGUUUCGUUUCAGCGUAAUCCCACGUGGAUAACACAGUCGCUUGGUCAGACUUUAGGUGUUAGUUCUGGAGAGCCAGAGCCUCCAGAUGAGAACGAAGAGGUUGGGGUGGAUAUGGCGGAAGUGCCACCUGAGGAUACAGAAGUGGGCUCCAAUUUCAAUCCAAGAUAUACAGCUCGUGAUAAGCAGCGGUUCCAGGAUCCCGAGAAGCAUAGGGAGUAUCGAAGGAUGUUGCAGCAUGGCAUGAACCGUGGGUUCCGCCUCUUCAAGAAAGAUAGUCCACAAAAUCAAAAGUCCACCGAGGCCACCAUCGAGCGCAUGAAGAAAGCACUGAAUUAUGACGAGGAACUCUGCAAGAAGCUGAUACCAGAGUGGACGCUUGGGUGUCGAAGGUUGACGCCGGGAGAGGGUUAUCUCGAGUCGUUCCUGCUGCCACAUGUGAAACUGACACAAUCGCAUAUCAAGUCAAUUGACGCUACGGGCAUCAAUACGGAAGAUGGCGAGCACUAUGACUUGGACGUUAUCGUGUGCGCCACGGGCUUUGACGUCUCGAAUAUACCACACUAUCCUGUGGUCGGACGUAAUGGCAUGACAUUAGCAGAGAAGUGGAAAGACGAACCUGAAUCGUACCUGUCUCUGGCAUGCCCUGACUUCCCGAAUCAUUUCAUAUUUACUGGUCCGAACGCAACAGUCGGGCAUGGGACCCUGAUAACUUCCAUGGACUGGUCUGCACAGUACAUGAUCAAGUGGCUGCGUAAAGUGGCAGGAGAACAGAUCAAGUCAAUUGCUCCAAAACAGUCUGCCACAGAUGAGUUUGUGAGGUACGGUGACGAAAUUCACAAGACAUUGACUUGGACGGGUAGUUGCGUUUCAUGGUACAAGAAUAAUCGAAGAGAUGGUAGGGUAACAGCCACAUGGCCAGGUAGCGCACUCCUAUAUAAGGAGAUGAUCAAGGAAAUCAGGCCUGAAGACUGGGAGAUUGAGUAUAGGCAUCGCAAUCGCUUUGCCUUCAUGGGGAAUGGGUUUACGAUGCUCGAGAUGGAUGAGGACGCAGAUUUGGCAUUCUAUAUUGACCGAUAG